GUUGGAGCGUCAGUCGUUUCCUACCUUUCAGAAUGCACACAAAACUUUUACUGCUGCUGGUGGCAGCUGGCUGCUGCCUGUGGAGUGCGGCAAGUGCCUGCCAGAGCAUCGAGCAGCGCUACAAGUUCGCCAACAGCAACAUCUACGUGCGGCUGCGACGCGGCGACAAGCUCCAGUACGAGCUGAUGAAGGGCGACAAGAGCCUGCAGACGGUGACCUUUGACAACUUUGCCACGACCAGCAGUCUGGUGGAGACGGAAAAGGGCGGCUACCAGAUCACCGAUGGCACCAACACCAUCGAGUUCACGCUGGUCAAGAGCGGAGUGGCCACGGGCACUGGCAGCGAAGUCACCCAUGUGCGAGUGGCCCGCGAUCAGGUGCUGCAGGGUCAGCAGCCCAGGGAUUGCUUCUCCCUGAACACGGGAGCCACCCAUUGGUUCAGCGGACCCGAGCAGAAGCAGCACUACUGGCCCGUGGAGCGUCAGACCCACAGCAACUACUCGUAUCUGCCCAAGGAGCAGGACAACUUCGGUGUGGGCGAACGCUACUGGCUGAACAGCGAUGGCGUCUUCCUGUAUGUGGAGAACAACACGCCGCUCUUCAUCGACCAGAACUCGGCGGGCUACGAGGGCAAGUUGUGCUUCAGUGCCACCAGUGCCCUGCCCUACGAUCCGCGUGUCACCUCCUCGAAGUUCAUCUACCAUGUGGCAGUGGCCAAGGAUGCCAAGGCUGCGCACAAGUAUGCGGUGAAAACCUUCCUGGGACAGCCCACGGGCUACCCCGACGAGCGCAUGGUGCGGCAUCCCGUGUGGUCCACCUGGGCCCUGUACAAGGCGGAGGUCGAUGAUACCGUCAUUCGCGACUUUGCCCAGCAGAUCCUCGACAAUGGCUUCAACAACAGCCAGCUGGAGAUCGAUGAUGACUGGGAGGACUGCUACGGGGCGCUGACAUUCCGCAAGAACAAGUUCCCAGCGACAAAGACCCUCACCGAUGACCUCAAGGCACUGGGCUUCCGUGUGACCCUGUGGAUUCAUCCCUUCAUCAACAACAACUGCACGGCGAUCUAUGACGAGGCCAAGGCUCUGGGCUACCUGGCGCUCGACCAUGCCGGCAGCUCGGACACCCAGUGGUGGAACAGCCAGCCCAAGGAUGCCGCCAUUCUGGACUUCACAAAGACCGAGGUGCAGGAGUGGUUCGCAAAGCGCUUGAAGCGGCUGCAGGACGAGGAGGGCAUUGACAGCUUCAAGUUCGAUGCGGGAGAGACCACCUGGCUGCCCAGUGAUCCCGUGCUGCAGGGCGACGGCUCCAUGGUGACUCCUCUGCAGGCCGUUGGCGACUAUGUGCGAACGGUGGCCGCCUUCGGCGACAUGGUGGAGGUUCGCUCCGCACAGAACACCCAGGAUCUGCCCAUCUUUGUGCGCAUUGUGGACAAGGACUCCGAGUGGGGCUGGAACAAUGGCCUCAUCACGCUGAUCACCUCGAUGCUGCAGAUGAACCUCAACGGCUACCCCUUCGUCCUGCCCGACAUGAUUGGCGGCAACGGCUACAACGAGCGUCCGCCCAACAAGGAGCUCUUCCUGCGCUGGCUGCAGGCCAAUGUCUUCAUGCCCGCCCUCCAGUACUCCUUCGUGCCAUGGAACUUUGACCAAGAAGCCAUCACCAUCAGCAAGACACACACCAACCUCCACGCCGAGUACACGCCCUACAUCAUGAAGUUGUUCAAGCGCGCCGUGGAGACUGGCGAGCCAGUGAAUGCGCCGCUCUGGUGGAUUGCACCCACCGAUGCAGUGGCUCAGGGAAUCUACGAUCAGUUCCUUCUGGGCGAUGACAUCAUUGCUGCUCCUGUGGUUACCGAGGGUGCCACCCAAAGGGACGUGUACCUGCCCGCUGGUGAGUGGAAGAAUGGCAAUGGCGAUGAGGUGUACAAGGGCCCCAUCUGGAUCAUGGACUACCCCGCACCACUGGACACACUGCCCUACUUUGUGCGCGUGGGAUUCGAGAUGAACUAGAGUCCAUCGCCUAACAUUA